AUGGCCAGUGUGCACCCAGUGUACAGUAGGCGAGGCUGCGGCGGCGAGCUCUCGCCGUCGGCCAUUGGGGCUGUUGCAUGCUUAGUGAAAACGUACUUCGAUACUGUUUCUAUCUCACGGCUCUUGACUACAUUGCAGUGUGAUAGCAGAUUCCGUGAGGUUCCACCGGGGACAUUGGCACAUUCCGUCAUCCAGAGCUAUCGGAUGCGAAUCCUCCGACCUCCAUUGGCGAUCCAAGUCCGCCUCUUCGGAGCCUUCCCAACGGUGAUAAGCAACGAAUUUCAACCCUCCGCCGCAGAGAGAGGAUUGCCCGUAUCUGUUUCGAAACCACGAUUGAUCGAGCCGCAGCAGCUGGUCGAUGUUAUCUGGUGCACACUUCUCAAGUGGUGGGCUGCCAGAACUCUUCCUUCGCAGUAUUCCGCCUGCGGGCGUGCCCAUCAGGAUAUGAGGUUAUGGCAAGUUCUGUCGCCAGAUUACGAGGAGUCGAGGAACCGUCAGGUGUCGAAUAGAAGCCCAAACUCAGACUGCCCUUUGUUGAGGCGCCAGGAUGGGAGGUGGAAGGGACAAGCAACGUUCCAAAACGAGAAGAAUUGA